CAAGUAAAUUAAUUGGAUGACCGUACCAAAAGGCAAAAAAAGGCCCCCCUCUUUGCUCCCCAUCUUAGCACUGUAUCUCCCUGGUCGUGUCAGUGUCUUGGCUCCCUCGCAGAUCCCUCUUCAAGCCCUCCACUCCCACUCUCCGAAUCUCAAGCGUCACGCUCACGCUCACGUCCUGCGCUCUCACUCUCGCUCUUACAUUGCAGUUGCACACACCCACAGCAAUCUACCCCGAGCUUCACGAAGCGGUCUCAUGGUCUCGAGACCAAGAAUCGAUCACUCGGCCCGACAUAUUCUGAUCGUGCGAGAAAUCCACGUCGUCCGCUCCUUCUAGACAAACGUCUCUCCUCGACCGUCGCUCUCAACGAUUCGAAACCCUCGCGCUUUUGUUACCACCCCCUUCUCCCUUUUCAACGUCCUGAGACUCAGCCUUGCAGCCUUCGGUGGCCGAUCAAACGCGGAUACUCGCUGUACCAGAAAAUCAUCUUCCCCCUCAACCGGCAAACCCGCCCUCGGCUUCGCUUGUUUUCCCUCUUGUUCCCUCGCAACCAUCAAUUACAACUCGGUCAAGCCCGAACGGAUGGUUGGCUUUUGAACAAUCCCGACUCGGCCUUGCCCGCACUGUCGUCACGCCGCCCACGCAUCUUGUGCCAGUUUGAUCCACCCUCAAACGCCCGGUCCUUCGACCAUGCCAGCUUGACAGUCGCGCGGUCCGAACUCUGUCUCUCUCUGUCUCUCCUGUCGCACAAUUCAACCCUUCCUACCAUUCGACCCACAUUCCAUUCUCCCUCUCGUUCAUCUUCUUCUUUCCUCCGCACCUCGUCCUCGUCCCGUCUCAUCGACAUCCAUCAUUCUCUUCCUGAUCGUCAAGAAGAGUAACACGGUCGAUUACUUCGCGGGCGAGUAACGACGUGUGUUGACGGCAGGUCCGCGUUUCGCCAUCACACACUCCUUUACGACACCGGUCCCAGUCGGCCGCUGCCGGCGACAGCUUCAUUUUCUACUUCUUCUUGUACCAGACUCGAACCGACUGUGUCGAGAUUCCUCGAUCCCCUUUUGACCAUCGUCACAAUCACCAAUUUACCCGACUUUCAAGAUGGGUUGCCUCAGCCACCGUAAGAAGGUCACUGAGCAACGCGCCGAACAGAAAUGGGACUACAUUAACUUGAACGACUUCAAGUCGCGGGGAUGCCUCACUCCGUUCGCCUACUUCUACCUCUGGCUCAUGUUGAUCAUCUCAUUGGCUGUCUACGGCGUCGACAUGUUCACUGCCGUCAACCUGCUGGCCUUCGACCGCUGGUCUUCCGAGAUCGACCCCGCCAUCGACUUCAAAAUCUCGAAAUGGAUCUUCUCCAUCUCCAUUAUCGCAUCCUUUGUCAACAUUGCCUUUGAACAGUUCCGGGCCAUGCGCGUUAUGAAGCGGGGAAACGUCGCGGAAUGCUACCUCGACAACAUUGCCGUUCGCCUCGAAAGUGUCCGUAUGGGGAAGGGUCAGGGUUGGAAGCGUUUCUUGGUCUUCGCCGAGCUCACAAAGAGCAAGAAGGGAGCCGAGUACAUUGCCUUGUUCACCUACUUCAGUUUCCAAUCCUGGAUCCGAGUUCUCGUCUGUUCCGGCCCCCGUCAAGUCGUCAAUGCUUUGACGCUCAAGUCCGUUUACGAUGCCAAGCUCGCUGUCCACGAAGCAUCUGUCGAGGGCUCCCUGCUGGGCUUCUUUGAUAAGAUCAAGUCGCUCGCCACGGAGGACUACCAGCAGGCCCUCAUCCUGUCUGGUAUGCUCUUCACUCUCGUCAUCUGGGUCUUCUCAGCCUUGUAUCUCAUCAUGGCCGUCUUCUUCUACGUAUUUUUCCUGUUCCAUUGGAUCCCCAAGGCCGAUGGCGGCCUCUCUGGCUACUGCGAGCGCAAGGUCACAAAAGCCCUCAUGAAGAUUGUGACUGCCAAGGUCAACAAAGCUCUGGCGAGGCAGGAAGAAAGCAAGCGCAAGGCGGCCAAGAAGAAUGGAGAGAAGCUGCCUCUCGAAAGGCAGGCGACUCUUCCUACGCUCCCCAACGUCGGCGACCCAGACAAGCUCGCCGAGAUGCCCAUGUUCGGCCGCAGCGACACCUUCGCGACGCUCCCUGCCUACGAAUCUCGACCGGGUACCCCCGGUAGCAUCGAGCUCAACUCCAUGGACCAAAAGCGUCCGGUGCCUUCGAGAAUGGGCACCACGGCCUCGAAUGCCAGUUAUUCUUCGCGUGCGCCUCUCGUCGGCGGUGCUGCGGACUUUGGCUACCAGCGAUCCGCCUCGCCCGUUCCGUCGCUCCCGCCAAUGGAUUUGAACAACUACCCGCCUGCUCGGCCGGGUACCUCGAACUCUCAGCGAAGUUUUCGGCCCCAACUAUCACAUGUGCAGACGAACUCACAGGGCUCCAUGCGAGGCGGCUUCUCGGAGAGCCCCGCUGCCUACUCUCCCGACGUUAUGCCUCCCUUCCCGCCGCCAGUCAGGUCACCCACCGCCCGAACGAUGGACAGUUAUGGUCUGCAAAGACAGAACACGUACCAGAGUGACCGUUCAACGCCGGCGUCCAGGGCUACAUACGACGACUACUCGAGCCAGUCUAACGGACGAGCCAGCCCAGCGCCCUCAGCCUACUCGACUCGUUCUGGCGCGCCCUUGCCACGCGGUCCUGGUCCGCUCAAUAACACGCCCUAUCAAGCCUAUCAGCCAUUCAACCCGACUCGAAGCGCGACCGGUCCCGUUCCUCCUCGAGGUCCGCCGAAUGCUCCCAUGCGGAACAUGACGGCGCCCGUGCCUCCUCGCCCGCAGGAGGACUACUUUACCCGCCCGGGCACGUCGCAAAGUCAGAGACCCAGUCCACGCAGCCAGGGCCACGGUUACGAUGACGAUGUUGAGUCCCAGAGAGACCAGCGAUACUAGGUUUAUCGGACCGGCGCCUGGUGCUCAUAGAUGGGCAUUCGUCUCGGGCCGGCUGCAUUUUUUUCUUUCUCCUUUUUCAUAAUGUCUUUACGAUUCAAGGGGGGCGUUUUGCAUCGUUGGAAAGCGUGCAUCUUUACGAAAGGCUUCCCAUCAUAUCUUCUUCGCCCACGAUCCGGGCCUCACACUUUCCAUAUUUUGGGUUCAAGUGUUUGGUGGCUCAAGGGCUCUUCAUCUUUCUACGACCACCCUUUCGAUACCCCCACCAACUCGUUUACUUCUUCUCGUUCGUCAUGUACUAUUAAGGGAAAGGGUCUACUGGCUACAGAAGCGCUUCAAGAGCCGCUACGGAAUACCACAACCGUUGUACUACUAGCUACUACAAGAAAAUACUACAGCUUUGUCUUUUGACAAGC